ACACCGGCAGUGGCGGCGGCAGCGCCGGCAGGGUCGGCAUGGGGAAGCAGAAGAAGGCGCGGAAGUACGCGGUCAUGAAGCGCAUGAUCAGCCUCCGGGAUGAGCGCAUUAAGGAGAAGGAUCGCGCAAAAGCCCCCGUGAAGAAGAAGGAGGACCCAAGUGCCAUCAAAGAGCGGGAGGUCCCCCAGCAUCCCUCUUGCUUGUUCUUCCAGUAUAAUACACAGCUGGGUCCCCCUUACCACAUCCUGGUUGACACUAACUUCAUCAACUUCUCCAUCAAGGCCAAACUGGACCUAGUGCAGUCAAUGAUGGACUGUCUCUAUGCCAAGUGUAUUCCAUGUAUCACAGAUUGUGUAAUGGGUGAAAUCGAGAAGUUAGGACAGAAGUACCGUGUGGCAUUAAGAAUUGCCAAGGACCCUCGGUUUGAACGCUUGCCAUGUAUGCACAAAGGAACCUACGCCGAUGACUGCUUGGUGCAGAGGGUCACUCAGCACAAAUGUUACAUUGUGGCCACAGUGGAUAAAGAGCUCAAGCGGAGAAUACGAAAAAUCCCUGGAGUGCCUAUAAUGUAUAUUUCCAGGCACAGGUACAAUAUUGAGAGGAUGCCAGAUGAUUAUGGAGCUCCUCGAUUCUAACCUGUCCAGUCAAGCCAUCAAUGCCAGGACUGUGAGCCAGGAUAAGGCUCCUUCUGAUUCCAGCCAUCCUGCUUUCUUCUUUUGUUGGAACUCUGCUCAUAGGACUGUGGAUAACCAAACUGUCUUCUUAACCUUGUUUUUCUAAGAAAAAGCUGUUUUGAAGGGUCUGAUUUUAUUCAUCCCUCCUCUGCCUUGGUACAAUUACCUACAACUGGGAGAAGCAAAUGGGAAACAGAGGACUGCAUGACCAAGAAUGUGCCUAGCUCAGUUGGACCAUUGGCGUUGGAGAAAGUGAUUUCAGCAUUCUGAAUUAAACAUUGAUGAUGCAACUCUGGCUGAGAAUGAAACCACAAGAGAUUUUAAAAGUUUCUUACCCCUGCACCUGGAGUGGGACAGGUAUUCCUUUGGGAAGCUACCUCACACCUGUUUAGUGAAAUCAGAAUCUGUAUUCUGCAGAAAAGACAUCAGAUAUGCACAAGUUGGUAACUUUCUGAGAAAGCGGUCUAGAUUUUCAUUCAGAAUUGAUGGGCUUUUAUUCAACUGCACAGUGAAUUAAGUUUUAGUGGCCUCUCAGACUGCUCUCUGUACUUGGUUAGCUGGCAGCCCGGUCCUUUUGCUUACAUUUAGAGUGGUGGACAGCAGGACAGGGUUGGGUCAGGCCAGAUCUUUCCCUCCUGUUUGGGUCCUAUCCACUUCAAAGCCUUAUCACUUUUGUUACUUAUCAGGGACGAGAAGGAAUGUGUCUAAUGGGCAAAGGUAUUAAUGUGUGCUGGGAGCACAGUUGUUGUGGAGGAAUAAGAACAGUGGUUGCAAAUAAAGAGUCUUCCAGAGACCUGCAGAAUUUGUUGCAGGGAAGGAAGUAGUCAGGGAGGGAAGGAAAAUAAACUGUUAAGCCACAUGAAGAAAUGCAGGGGGAAAAGUAUUUCUAAGCCAUAACUCUGCAUUCUUAUACCUCCUCCAUUAUUCCUUCAUUUUUAGCAAUAUAAUUUGCUCUUAUGAUCUCUGCUGAGUGGUGAGGAGAGGGUCACCAGGAGCCAACAUGCCAAAGCACACUUCCUGGCCAAAAUGCUGGCGGUGUAGUACAGGAGAAGACUGAAAAUUUAUAUUCUUGAUAUAAUUAAGAAAAUUUCCAAACCUUAACAGAGCUUUAUCCUGUAGUCCCUUUACACUGAUUUGGCUGCAGAGGUGUCCACAAAGGCCAACAGCAUCCUUGCCUGCAUCAGAAAUAGUGUGGCCAGCAGGACUAGGGAAGCGAUCCUCCUGCUGUGCUGAGGAUCUGCCUCACUUGGUGUUGGUGAGGCUGCAUCCUGUGUUUAGUUCUGCAUCCCUCAUUGCAAGACAAGACAUUGAGAUGCUAAAGCAUGUCCAGAGAAGGGCAAUGGAGCUGGUGAAGGGCCUGGAGCACAAGUCUGGUGAGAAGCAACUGGGGGAGCUGGCUUUUAGUCUGGAGAAAACGCUUGGGGAAGACUUUACCACUCUUUACAACUACCAGAGAAAGGAGGGUGUAGCCAGGUGGGUGUCUCUUCUCCCAGAUAAUAGGUGACAGGAUGAGAGGAAAUGGCCUCAAGUUGUGCCAUGGGAAGAUUGGAUAUUGGGAAAAAUUUCUUCACUGAAAAGGUGCUCAAGCAUUGAAGCAGGCUGCCUAGGGAAGUGGUAGAAUCACUGGGCCUGGAAGUGUUAAAGUGUGGAUGUGGCACUUAGAGGCACAGUUUAGUGGUGGGUUUGGCAGUGUGGUGUUAAUGGUUGGACUCGAUGCCUUGGAGAUCUCUUCUAACCUUAACGAUUCUAUAAUAGCUGAACUUGGCUGUCUGUAUGCUGGACAGCAUUCAGUGAAGAUCAUUUCCUGUCUUUGGGAAAUGCUCUGACAUCCUGGUAACUUCCUUGCUAGCACCAUACCUCUACAGAUACUGCAAAGGAAACUUUGGGAACACAUCAGACCUACCCCUCCUGCUAUCUUCAGUUGUUGCAGGCUCACCUAUUAAACAUCCCUGAAAUAACAGCAUACUGACACUUUGAAAAUUUAGCCCCUUCCAGGCUAUCACAAUUAAAGUUAAUUUUCUCCACCUUCAGCCAGGAAGAAAGUAGCCAACAAUGGAGAGAUUUUACAGUUAGUAUAUAAUAUGUACAUUUCAAAAAUAAUAUCCUUAGUUUUGUUCUCUCAAUCCAAUCCGUAUUUCUUUAAGCUAAUGAUCAAGUAUUGUCAUGAAAAUUGAAACCCAAGUUUAGUCAAGCAAGGACUGAGAAACAGUUGUAGGAUUAGAUCUCUGUUACUUGCUUUUCAGAAUAAUUCUAGUUUUAAGACUUCUUUGAGUGAAUAGUUAACUAGAAUUGUUCCAGUUAACUAGAAUUGUUAUUAGAAUUAACCUAAACAGAAGGAGGCUGGAGAAGAAAGAAGAAAGGAAUGGACACUUAGGGUAACAUUUGAUAAUAGUCUUUCUGGCAUGUAAGAGGUCAAAGGCACAGCAGCCUGAUGAAUUUGGGGAUUUUUAUACCUGCCAGCAGAAUGUCUUUUGCAGGGACUUCAUGAAAAUAUAUGUAUUUAGCAUGAAUGGUGGGUAGGAGUCAAACUAAAUGUGCACAUUUACUGAAAUCUUUUAUUCCUUUUAGUCUGCCUUGUUUCAGUAAAAGGAUGAGGAAUCUGGAAUAGGUAUAAGGCAAUUGCUAAAGAUGUGUUAGGAGGGUUGGAGCAUGAGCAGAAGAAAGUAUUGGCAGUGAGCAAACGCAUGAGGAAAUUUUUAUUAUGGUAAGACAAAAAACUUGGCUAUUAACUCGAAGAGCCUGGUCAGAAGAUGAAUAGGAGAGGACCACCUGAAUGAUCAUCUAUUUCUCCUGCAAUGCCAGGGAACCUGUGUACCAAACACUUGGUUCAGAGGAAAAUAUUUACUGCAUGCACACAAUGGCAUCCCAGUGUCUGAUCCAAUUUACAGUAUGUCAGAGGAGGGAAGAUCAUUGUCGCAGGAAAGAGUUUGGCAAACUAGAAUGUUUUCAUGUUCCCACAAAUGAAGAACUCUCUCAGUCAAAAGCAGAAGAGAAAUUCCUUCCUGACACAACUCAGGCAGUUGGUUUAAACCUGCUCAGGAUUUAGAUAUCAGAUGCUUGCAGUGUUUCUUAGUAACUAGAGAAUUCAGCCUCCCUGCUAACAUCCUGCCUCCUGCUGUAGCCAGUUUCCAUAGCUUCAAAAGGCACAGAACAUACAGGAGCACCACAUAAAAAAAUCUGAAUAUAUGCAAAGAAUGAUAGAAAAUAAUUUAUUCUCCUUUCUGGAGCCACCAGAAGGUUUAAGAUUCAGAUGAAGAAAUUUAAGCUGCUGAUCCAAGAUGUGGCACUGGUUAAUUGAGGGGUAACUGAAAUGUGGUAUAAUAGCGUUUAGAAGCAGGAAGAACAUGAGCUAUUAAAAAAAAAAAAAAAAGACCUGACCCAAACCAAUAUGAUGGCACCCUUUAAUGUUACAGACUGAACAGAAUAAAAUAAAAAUAACAUAUUCUGAAUAAAAGAAUCAGAGGGCAUAAUGUGAACUUAACAGGGUUGUUUUAGGGACAAGGUAACAUUGGGUAAAGCCAUUUUGUGUGGUGGGAGUCAACUGUACCGCAAUCUAAACCAGAUUUGAAUUUUGAAAAAGCAUCUGUCAAGUUAUUUGGAAGUUACAUUUU